AUGACGAAGCUCACCGUUGUCUGCCGCAAGGUCAGCAAGGCCAUUGCCUCUGGUGCCUGCGAGCUGACCUGCAUCGACCGCGUCCCGAUCAGCUUCGAGCGCGUCGAGCAGCAGCACGAAUCCUACGUUCAGGUCUUCCGCGACAUGAUCGCCAGCGGCUACGACAUCCAGCUGAUCGAGCUCCCCGCCCUCAAUGACCUGGCUGACUCCAUGUUUGUCGAGGACGUUGCGAUGAUGUACAACGACUGUGCCGUCAUCACCCGCCCUGGCGCGCCUCGCCGCCCGGAGGUCGACCCCAUCGUCGACACGGUCAAGCAGAUCCGCCCCGACAACUACCGGAUCGAGGAGCCCGGCACCGUCGACGGCGGCGAUGUGCUUUACGUCGCGAACAGCAAGUACGUCUUUGUCGGCAAGUCCACCUGCAGCAACGACGCCGCGUUUGCGCAGAUGACGGCGUACCUUGGCAAGCACGGGCUCGAGUGCGUGCAGUGCACCGUCCGCGGCUGCCUGCACCUCAAGUCCGCGGUCAGCUUCCUUUCCGAGGACACCGUCUUGCUGAACCCCGCCUGGAUUGAGUCUGAUAUCUUCACCUCCCGCGGCUUCCGCGUCGUCGAGGUCGACCCCGGAGCCGACAGCGCCAACGUGCUCAGCUUCUCCGCGGAGAAGGACGGCCACGCGCUGCGCACCAUCUUCUCGCCAGCCAAGUUCCCCGGCACCGCCGCCCGUGUCAGGGCCUUUGUGGAGGCCGAGUCCGCCGCUGGCCGUCCCACACGCAGCAGACCAUCCUCGAGGUGGAUGAGAUCGCGAAGGCGGAGGGCGCCCUCACCUGCUGCUCCCUGCUGA